AUGGCGGCACCGCUUCUCGACCCUCUGGUUAGCAAGAUCCAUCAAACCACGACGACUCUUAGCCGUGCGACGGGCAUUUUGCGCAGCGCAUUCCCCGGAGAGCAUUUCGCCGACAAGGGCCUCGCAGUCCAGCUCCCCCGCAGCGAUGUGCCAACCUACAUCCUGCCGAACCAGAAUCCACAGCCAUGGGAGCUGAUGCCCAUGAAAGCUGCUGCGAUGGCACAAUACCCCAACUUCUUCAACUACAGCUGCGUCUUUUUCGGCUCGCUCAAACGCGAUGUCCUCAACGGCUUGCCCUUCUGCCUGCUGCGCCCCACCCGCCUGUCCAUCGACCUCUCCAAGGUUGUCCGCAAUCUCGGCAUCGUCGACGGCUUCGAACUGGUCCAGCGUCGCGACCGGCUACGUCCGUACGACUUUGUCUGGACACCGGAACAGCCCGAACCAGAGGACAUGUACGACGUGGCUCUCUUCCCCCAUCGCCGCAUCCGCCUGCACCUCCGUACGGACAUGUUCAGCCUGCGCCCCCAUCCCGGCUCCCAACGGGGAUCUGGGUCACCCGCGCAGAUGCCGUUGUCAGCGCAGCUAGCCCCUGCGGCGGGUCUGCUGCCGUUCUCCACCAAGAAUAUCAGCAAGGCCUCCCAGCCGGUGCUGAUGUAUCCGCGGCAGAUGGAGGCGGCACGGCAGCGGUUGCCCGCCGGCAUCCUGAUAUGCUACCACCACGAGCUGGGCCUUAUCACAGACGCCGUGGCGGAGCUGUACGACGUGCCGGCGUUGGUAGCGGCGCACGUGGCGUUGCCCAUGUCCCACGUGGCCCAGAUCCGAGGCGCCCUACGGCUGAAGGCGAAGGCGGAGGCGGGGACACCGCUGCGCCACGUCACACCCCUAAAGGUGAGAGCAACUCCGCCGCAACUCAGCGAGGCCCCACGUACGGUGGAAUACCACACGUCUUGGAACAUGGUGGAGCUGAUUCGACAGCGAGUGGCGGAACGACAAGCAGCACUGGCGGCCGCCACCUCCCCUUCCACCUUGCCUGGGGUUUCGGAGGGUGAGGGAUGGGUGGGGAGCUCUCCGGCGGCGGCGAGACAGGAGCUUUUGGAGGCCGCCCGGGUGCAGCAGGAAGAGGCCCGUAAGCAGCUAAGUGCCGCUCUCGACGCGGCCAUAGAGAUGGAGGACGGGUUACUUGCCUGGCAGCUGAUCCGGAGCGGGACGUUGGGGGGACCUCGAGGAGCAGCUGCGAGGCCGGGGGGGCCCGCACCGCCGUCCUCGUCGCAGUCGGCGGCGGCCGGAGAGGAACCCGUGGCAAAGGGUCCGGCAGUUCUCAAUAGGAAGGCCACUCAGCCAGCUGACGAGGCACAGUCACGCAUAGAGGCAUCCGCUCUGAUUAUCAGACCCCACAUAGCACAUGAGUAUCACCUUCACGGGCUUCUGGGUGUAUUGCUGUAUUGCUGCUCAAGGGAAGGCAGAGGGGGACCCGUCACAAGGCGCACGCAGCCGUACGGCACUUCAUUUGACCUGUACGAGAUGUACGGCGCCAAUGAGCUUUUUCAACCCAAUUCGACGCGGGCACUAGACCGAGCGGGCCGAGGGUUGCAGCAUUGCGGCUGAGACGCCCUCCCCAGCCCACCCCAGACCCCAGACACACAGGCACACCGGUGCUUUCUCCAAGCACAGCCCUAAAACACGGGCGGCACGCAGCGGCCAGUUACCAUGUGCGCUAUACCCCUUCAGCUACCGCCGCCAUCAGCCAGCACGACCUACUACGGCCUUCGUACAAAGCUUAAUUAGAGGCCAAUUUUGAACCUGUCAUCGCGCCAAUAUCCUAAUUUGUCGCAAAAGCGCCAAAUAAUGAAUUGGGCCUGAAAUAUAAAGAACAUAUGUAAUUAUAAGAUUCCGACAAUCGGACACUAGGUACGGAUCACGUACAGGUACGGGAAACAGUCAUGCAUCAUCUCCCCCUAGACGGUGACAAGGGGGACUUAAAAAAUCGUCUAAGAGGGGGGGAGUGUCGUACUCCUUCCCGCCGGCGCUGUCAUAAAUGUCCUGCGACCGACCCCUAAAAACGGCUCAAGAGCUCCCACCUAGCUGCUGCGUCGUACGGCCCUGGGUAAAAUCCAAGCUUCCCAGUACAACCAAUCCUAUUUGUCAUUUAAGAUGUCGUACAGGUGCAACAAGAUUGCUGGAAGGAGGACGAUGAAGGGAAAGGAAGGGGAAGGAAUAAAAACCCCAAACCCUAGCCGUAUGGCACGCGCACAAUCAGCUGCAUGUGUACGGCAGACCCUCAAACGCCCGGCACGACGCCCGCUAUCAUCCUCAGCUAGCUAUCCAGUUACUAGUUCCCCCCCACCCCCCGCGGCUGCCCGCCACCCCGUCAGGUGCGACCCAGUAUAUAGGGAAAUAUACACAGCAAAGGCGCACAUAUAAACAGGCAACAUCUGAUCAAAUGCUUCAGCUCACCACAGAUGGCUUGAGUCUCUCAAAAU